AUGGAGCAAGGGGGAGUUCCCUCCCAAACCAUUGAAGAUGAAGGAAAUAAAAUUUCGCAUGAGGAGCCCAUUGAAGAUACAGAGACAAGGGGAGCUCCCAUGCAGACCGAUGAAAUUGAGCAAACUGAAUUGGAAGCAACUGGUCCAGACAUGCAAAGUGCCGAUGCUCUUCUUAAAUGGAAAGAAAGCCUUGAAAUCCCAAAAAACUCCUUGCUCUCUUCAUGGAUUCCCAUCCCUUUGAAUUCCAGUGCAUCGGUUCCGUGCACUUCUUGGUUUGGAGUAGUUUGCAAUGCUGAUGGGAGCAUUCAGAAGUUGAACCUCAAUUCAUCUGGAUUAAAGGGUACGCUUCAUCAAUUUUCAUUCUCUUUGCUACACAAUCUUACACAUUUUGAUCUCAGCCUAAACAACCUCUUUGGCCCCAUCCCACCAGAAAUCCAACUUUUGUCCAAACUUGUAUAUCUUGAUUUUACAGAGAAUAAGUUUUCUGGAGUAAUCCCACCUGAAAUUGGAACCCUGCACCAACUAUCCAUCUUGUACCUAAACUCAAACAAUAUAUCUGGCUCAAUUCCUUCAUCAUUGGGUGAUUUGACAUCUUUGAUUGUCCUUUGUUUGCAUCAAAAUCAACUCUCUGGUCCCAUUCCUAUUGAAAUUGGAAAUCUGAAGUCUCUCACUCAUCUUGCGGUGUACAAAAAUCAACUUACUGGUUCUAUUCCUUCAUCAUUGGGUAAUUUGACAUCUUUGAAUCUCCUUUAUUUGUACCAAAAUCAACUAUCUGGUAAAAUUCCAGCUGAACUUGGGAAUCUGAAGUCUCUCACUGAUCUUCAGUUGAGCGUCAAUCAACUUAAUGGUUCUAUUCCUUCAUCAUUGGGUAAUUUGACAUCUUUGAAUUUCCUUUAUUUGUUUCAAAAUCAACUCUCUGGUCCCAUUCCUGUAGAACUUGGGAAUUUGAAGUCUCUCACCCAUCUUGUUGUGAGUGAGAAUCAACUUAAUGGCUCUAUUCCUUCAUCAUUUGGUGAUUUGACAUCUUUGAAUGUCCUUUAUUUGCACCAGAAUCAUCUCUCAGGUCCCAUUCCUAUUGAACUUGGGAAUUUGAAGUCUCUCACCGAUCUUGCUCUGCGUGGUAAUCAACUUAAUGGUUCUAUUCCUUCAUCACUAGCAAAUCCGAGCAACAUACGGUGGCUGGCCCUAGUUGAGAAUAAAUUAUCUGGUCACAUUCCUAGUGAAAUUGGGAUGUUGAAGUCUCUCACCCAUCUUUCGGUGGGCAGAAAUCAGCUUAGUGGUUUUAUUCCUUCAUCAUUUGAAUUUGGAAAUUUAACUCAACUACACAGACUUAAUCUGUCUUCAAAUCAUUUGGUUGGUGAGAUCCCAAAGGAGUUUGGGAAGAUGAUACUUAUGUUGGAAUUGUACUUGUCUGGCAACCAACUUUCAGGUGUUAUACCUCUAGAGCUUGGAUUUUGUGAACUCCUUGAAGUACUUGAUCUAUCCAAAAAUAGAUUGAAUGGGACAAUUCCAAGAAGUAUAGAUCAAUGGGCACACAUCCACUACUUGAAUCUUAGUAAUAACAAGCUCAGUGAGAAAAUUCCAUCCGAGAUUGGUAAAUUAGUUCAUCUUACGGAACUUGAUUUAUCUCAUAAUUUUCUCACAAAAGAGAUACCAUCUGAAGUACAAAGUUUGCAGAGUUUGCAAAAAUUGGAUCUUUCUCACAAUAGACUAUCUGGUUCUAUUCCUGAUGCUUUUGUAAAUUUGCCUCGUGGUAUUGAUAUCAACCUUUCUUUCAAUAGGCUCUCAGGUCCAGUCCCCCUUUCCGCUAACUUUGUGAAUGCGUCCAUAGAAAGCAAUCCAAAUUUGUGUGGGAAUAUUACGGGAGUGAAACUUUGUCAAACUCAAAUUAUGAAAAAGAAAAAUGAUCCCUUUCAUCAUAAACUUGUCCUUGUGAUUAUGCUCCCCCUUAUCGGGGCUGUUUUACUUGGUGUAUGCACAUAUGGCCUUAUUGCUUAUCAACAACAAAAGAAAAAGUCUCCACAAAAACCAUCGGACGAUGAAACUGGUGAUUAUUUCUCUAUUACAAGUUUUGAUGGAGCAGUAGUGUAUGAUGACAUCUUGAAAGCAACUAAUUUUGAUGAAGCAUACUCCAUUGGGAACGGAGGAUAUGGGACUGUGUACAAAGCCGAGCUACAACCUAAUAAUGUGGUAGCUGUCAAGAAACUCCACUCAGGGUGUGAGAAUGUUGACCAUAAUGGAUUCCUUAAUGAGGUACGAGCAUUAACGAACAUAAGGCAUCGAAACAUAGUGAAACUUUAUGGAUAUUGCUCCCAUGCCCGCCACUCAUUUUUGAUUUAUGAAUACCUUGAAAAUGGAAGCCUUGGAUCAUUCUUAAGAAGCGAUGUCUUAGCAAAAGAAUUGGAUUGGUUGAAAAGGGUAAAUAUUGUAAAGGGUGUAGCUAAUGGUUUGGCUUAUAUGCAUCACGACCGCUCACCUCCUAUAAUUCAUAGAGACAUAUCCAUAGCCAACAUCCUUCUCGACUCUGAUUAUGAAGCACAUAUUUCUGAUUUUGGCACAUUGAAGCUUUUAAAGCUCGAUUCAUCGAACUGGACCGCAAUUGCAGGCACCUAUGGUUAUAUUGCACCAGAACUUGCUUAUACGAUGGUGGCAAAUGAGAAAUGCGAUGUGUAUAGCUUUGGAGUUGUUGCACUAGAAGUUGUAAUGGGAAAGCAUCCUGGAGAACUGAUAACAUCGUUACCAACAUUGUCUGCUGAUCAUCUGGUGCCAGAAAAUGUGGAAGAUAGUCGGAUACCUCCUCCCUCAUCACAAGUUGAGAAACAAGUUAGGUCGGUUCUGAGUCUCACAAGAGCAUGUUUGAACUCCAAUCCACUUGAAAGACCAACAAUGCAACAAGUUUCAAAUCGGUUGAUGAAGGAUCUGCUUUGAAUUG